GGACACAGAGAAUAACACUGAAGCUGUAAAUAAUAGCACUACAAAUGGUGCUAACAUGCAUGAUAAGGUUAUGAAUAUACCCAACCGUGAAACCGUCCAUCAAGAUACCAUCCAGACUCCACAGAGAAGUGACGCAGAAGGUAGCAGUGGCCAUGAGGACACCAGUGAAAAUGAGAGCAACAGUGUGUACAGCUUCAGUGAUGAACUGAUGCAAGGGGAUGAACCCAACCAAAGCCAAGAUUCUGAAGGCUCAGAAAACAGCAGCCAGCAAGAUCUCCCCAAUCAGGCUAGUGAUGGGGAAAGCACAUCUUUAGGAGAGGAAGAGGACCAAAACAGUAAUGCCGGCAGUGAGCAAUCAGACAGCAAAGGUCAAGACAAUGAAAGCCAACAGGAAAGCAAUGAAAGUAGCAGGCACCCAGGCGGUGAUGACAGUGACAAUAGUGGCCCAUCUGUCAGCAGCGAAAGUGAGAGUCAACCAGAUAGCAGCCAGAGCCAGUCUGAGAGCAACAGUGAGAAUGACAGUGAGAAUGAGAGCAUCAGCGAAAGCGACAGUAAAACUGAAAGCAGCAUUGACAGUGGCAGUGAAUCCAAGAGCAGCAGUGAGAGUGACAGUGAAUCCGAAAGCAGCAGUGAAAGUGACAGUGAAUCCAAGAGCAACAGUGAGAGCGACAGUGAAUCCAAGAGCAGCAGUGAGAGUGACAGUGAAUCCGAAAGCAGCAGUGAGAGUGACAGUGAAUCCAAGAGCAGCAGUGAGAGUGACAGUGAAUCCGAAAGCAGCAGUGAGAGUGACAGUGAAUCCAAAAGCAGCAGUGAAAGUGACAGUGAAUCCAAGAGCAGCAAUGAAAGUGACAGUGAAUCCAAGAGCAACAGUGAGAGUGACAGUGAAUCCAAGAGCAGCAGUGAGAGUGACAGUGAAUCCAAGAGCAGCAGUGAGAGUGACAGUGAAUCCAAGAGCAGCAGUGAGAGUGACAGUGAAUCCGAAAGCAGCAGUGAGAGUGACAGUGAAUCCAAAAGCAGCAGUGAAAGUGACAGUGAAUCCAAGAGCAGCAAUGAAAGUGACAGUGAAUCCAAGAGCAGCAGUGAAAGUGACAGUGAAUCCAAGAGCAGCAGUGAGAGCGACAGUGAAUCCAAGAGCAGCAGUGAGAGCGACAGUGAAUCCAAAAGCAGCAGUGAGAGCGAUAGUGAAUCCAAGAGUACCAGUGAGAGCGACAGUGAAUCCAAGAGCAGCAGUGAAAGUGACAAUGAAUCCGACAGCAGCAGUGAAUCUGACAGUGAAUCCGACAGUAAAUCUGACAGCAGCAGUGAAAGUGAUAGCAGUAGUAGCAGUGAGAGUGACAGUAAAUCCAAAAGCAGCAGUGAGAGUAAUAGCAGUAGCAGCAGUGAAAGUGAUAGUGAUAGCAGUAGCAGCAGUGAGAAUGACAGUAGCAGCAGUGAGAGUGAAAGCAGCAGCAAUGAGAGUGAAAGCAGUAGCAGUGAGAGUGACAACAAAUCUGAUAGCAGCAGUGAAAGCAGCAGCAGCAGCAGUGAGAAUGAGAGUGAGAGUAGCAGUGAGAAUGAAGAUAACAAUCAAGCAGACAGCAGUGAAAGUGACAGCCAAUCCAACAGUGACAAUGAAAGCGAUUCAGCAAACCAGUCCAGCAGCGACAGUGCUGCAGAUACAACGGAGGAUUCAAAUGAAACUGAAUCUGAAGCAAGUGAAGAUAGUAACAGCAGCUCUCAUUCAAACAGCGCAGCCUCUGACAGUGACUCUCUAAAGUCCAGUGACUCUAGUGAUUCCAGUAGCUCAAGUGACUCCACUGAUUCUAGUGACUCUAGUGAUUCAAGCAGCUCCAGUGACUCCAGUGAUUCAAACAGUUCUAGUGACUCCAGUGAUUCAAGCAGCUCCAGUGACUCCAGUGAUUCAAACAGUUCUAGUAGUUCCAGUGAUUCGAGCAGCUCCAGUGAUUCCAGUGAUUCAAGCAGCUCCAGCGAUUCAAGCAGCUCCAGUGACUCCAGUGAUUCCAAAAGUUCUAGUGAUUCUAGUGACUCAAGCAGCUCCAGUGAUUCAAGCAGCCCCAGUGAUUCAAGCAGCUCCAGCGAUUCCAGUGACUCCAAAAGUUCUAGUGAUUCCAGUGACUCAAGUAGCUCCAGUGAUUCCAGUGAUUCAAGCAGCUCCAGUGAUUCAAGCAGCUCCAGUGACUCCAGUGAUUCCAAAAGUUCUAGUGAUUCCAGUGACUCAAGCAGCUCCAGUGAUUCCAGUGAUUCCAGCAGCUCCAGUGAUUCAAGCAGCUCCAGUGACUCCAGUGAUUCCAAAAGUUCUAGUGAUUCCAGUGACUCAAGCAGCUCCAGUGAUUCCAGUGAUUCCAGCAGCUCCAGUGAUUCAAGCAGCUCCAGUGAUUCCAGUGACUCCAAAAGUUCUAGUGAUUCCAGUGACUCAAGCAGCUCCAGUGCCUCUAGUGAGUCAAGCAGCUCCAGUGCCUCUAGUGAUUCUGGAGAUUCUAGCAGUGAUUCUAGUGACUCUUCUAGCAGCUCCAGUGAUUCCAGCGAUUCCAACAGCUCCAGUGAUUCAAAUGAUUCCAGUGACUCUAGUGAUUCUGGCGAUUCUUCUGAGUCCAGUAGCUCUAGUGAUUCCAACAGCUCCAGUGCUUCUGAUGCCUCAAAUGAUUCUAAUGGCAAUAGCAGCUCCAGUGAUUCUGGCAAUUCUAGUAAUUCCAGCGGUUCAAAAUAA